UCUCUCAGCUCUGUUCAGCUCAGCUCAGUUCGUUCGUCCGUCAGUUACAGUUUCAGUUGUGAACAUAACGUCGUCGUUUCAAGGCAGGAAUUUUCCGAGGCGAAAAGGUACACACCACACACAAUAACAACCAUCAUACACCAUACGCAGUCCAGAAAAAUUUAUUAUACCUUUCAAGAAAGGUUUCGGUUUCAAGUGCUUUAAUAAUUAAGGCCAAGUUGCAAUCUGCCAAAAAGAAAAAAAAAAAAGUUAAACUACCACCCCUUGGACUUCUCCCAAUGCAGUGCUAAAAAAGUCCUUUUCUCAUUAUUUUCCUUUCGUUUAUAGUUUUUUCCUUUCUACUCGUAUUAAAAUUCUCAUUUUUUCGAAAAACUCACGUUUUAGUGUGUUUUUCUUGUUUUAAUUGCGUGGUUUCCUGUUUGGCUUUUCAAUUUCCUCCGUCAUCGUCAUCAACCAUCAUCUUGCCUCCUCUCUUGUAUCCGUGCAUAAUCCAUGGACCGGAGGAAUUUGGAUACAUAUACUAGAAACUAGAUCUGCUCUGGACCUAUUAUUAGCUGCGGUUCCCAUGACAAUAUUUAUGAUUAUAAUGAUGCACAUCGCUGCUGCAGUGGCUAUUCGUAGUUGUUAAGUUCGAAGUGUCGUCGCUUGUGAUUGAUGCUCGGAUUAAAAAUAAUAUAUGUCGCCUCGCGCAUAAGUGUCGGUCGGUGUCAGUGUCGGUGUCGUUGUCGUUGUCGGUGUCAGAGUCGACAGUCCGAGUCCAUAAAUUACCCUUAAAUCGAAUCGUUAAACAAACAACUACCUCUCUUUACAGCAGUCACCCGCUGUCACCACGCCACGCCGCAGACGUCUUUGCUGCCUGCGCCCUGCUCCACCAUCACCGCCGCCGUGUUACCCUAUUUGAGGUAUCCUACUGUCCUAAUUGACUCUUAAAUACAAAGUGGGGCAUAGUUAAAAAAAAAAACAACAACAAUACCGCACCGUCAGCGCACCCCAGAAAGAGCAUCAUUAUAUACAUUGUGUGUUUUCAAGGGUAGUUUGACCAUUUGAGUCUUGAAGCUUGAAGCUUGAAACGUGAACCGAACCGUAUGUAGUUAUAUUCGUCAAUAAAAAGAAUUUAAUCGUUUAUUUGCGCCAUCAUUCAAGUGCUUAAAGUUUGAUCUUUUUUGUUGUUUUUCUUUUGCUGAUUAAAAUUGCUUGUGUUGUUAAUAAAUUUGGGAAUAUAUAUUGAAGUGCGCUGUGAUAAGCUUUGGCUGGGUGCUUAAACGUUAUCAAUAUAGAAAAAUUUGUCAAACGUGCUGCGAUCUUAAAUUAUCCAUCAAAACGAGCCACAUCCGAAACACCACAAGCUGAUGACGAUGAUGUCUUUGGCAGGGAAGAUCAUUGUUUUGGUGCUCAGCCUGUAUAUCACAUAUAUAGGAUGCUUGGAGGAGGACUGCAUCGAUUUUCAAGGCAACUCUGUCAACCAUGGAAUGCUGUAUGUACCUGGACCCGGAGUAUGCAGUCUUUGUGUCUGCUACCACUCGGAGCCGUUGUGGUGUAAAGCAAUUUACUGCGAUCCACCCUAUUUUUGCAAGAACUUCAGAGUUGGUACACAUUGCUGUGAGUUUGAGUGCUUGGAUCCACCUGGAGAGGAUACAAAAUAUCAGGAAGGUGCAACAGUUGCAAAAACUCCAACAGGCUCUGAGAUGAAAAAACGACCAAAGCGGAACUUCUUUGACCUUUUAAGCUUAUAAAUACCUUAUUCUUCUUAAAAAAUAUACAAAAAUGUAUACCCAGAAGCUU